AUGAGGUGGAACUGCAGGGGAUCCUUUGAGAAGUUGUUGGCAGGGGAGAGCGGAAUCGGGUUGAUGGACUGGUUCUAUGCGUCCAAGUUUCCGACUCGAUUUGGUUUUACGGUGGAUGGGUAUAUUGAUCGUAAGAAUGACCAAAGGCUUGAUGAUUGUCUUCACUAUUGCAUUGUUGCUGGUAAAAAGGUUCUUGAAGAUGUUGAUAUUGGUGGUGAUAAAUGUUCUAAGGUUUGUUGUUCUAUUGAAUUUCAAUCGUUUUUCAUGCUUGGAUCUGGUUGCUAUUAG